GACAACGACUGACACUCGCUAUCUACGUCCUCGACACCCUCACAAUCGACGAAAGACCCGUCAGUCACUUCGAGCACAUACAAGUUUCGACUUCAAACGGUCAAGAUGGUUCUCGCCGUAGAUCUUCUCAACCCAACUCCUGCCGCUGAGGCGCGCAAGCACAAGCUCAAGAACCUUGUCCCUGCUCCUCGAUCCUUCUUCAUGGACGUCAAGUGCCCCGGCUGCUUUACUAUCACCACGGUCUUCUCACACGCGCAAACCGUCGUCAUCUGCGCCGGCUGCUCGACUGUCCUGUGCCAACCGACCGGUGGAAAGGCCCGUCUGACUGAGGGCUGCUCAUUCCGAAGAAAGUAGACAUGUCUCCCUCGUCUGCUUUCCUUUGUCCACGGGUCGGUUUGCAUUCAUUAUGAGAGUUUAGACGAUGGCUCUCACUUCUCUUGCGCAUACAUAUUUGGCGGAUAGAAGAUGGACAUCGACCAAAAAUCCUUGAGCUAGCAGCAAAAAUUAAGGGCGUUUGGGAAUAAUCCGGAUAUCUUGCAUCAAAUUCCGAUGAACUUCUUUCUCUUUUCCUUGUGUAUCCUGAAUCGAAGUGGCCGUGGAUCUGUUGCAUAUCUUGAUAUGCGAAUAAAACUUGCAUGGGAAGGAGCAGAAAUGGCGAUAUCACUUGAGUGUUUAGAGGAGAUCUGCCUGGUAGAGUCUGGGUGGAUCGAUCUUUGAUGCGAGGACGUGGUGCGCUUAUUGAGGAUUGCUACAUACCCAGAGCAGUUGAUGGUGAUUGGGCUUGUGCAUAC